AUGGCGUUUUGGGCUGCCGCCAACGUGAGCAAAACAGCUGCCCGAUGCUUGCGGGCGCGAGGCCCCGGGUUCCCUGCGGCUUCUCGGUUCGCCUCCCACCCAGAGCCUCCGGGCUACGGCCCUGUUGCGGGCAAGAAGCUGCACCUUACCGCGGCGGCCCUCGCCGGGCACAACAAAUGGUCCAAAGUCCGGCACAUUAAGGGUCCCAAGGAUACAGAAAGGAGUCGCAUCUUCUCCAAACUCUGUCUGAGCAUCCGCCUGGCGGUUAAAGAGGGAGGCCCUGACCCUGAGAGCAACAGCCACCUAGCUAAUAUCCUAGAGGUGUGUCGCAGCAAGCAUAUGCCCAAAUCAACAAUUGAGGCAGCGCUAAAAAUGGAGAAAACUAAGGGCAUUUAUUUGCUGUAUGAGGGUCGAGGCCCUGGUGGCUCUUCUCUGCUCAUUGAGGCAUUAUCUAACAGUGGCUCCAAGUGCCAGUCAGACAUUCGACAUAUCCUGAACAAGAAUGGGGGAAUAAUGACAGAAGGAGCUCGUCAUUCUUUUGACAAAAAGGGGGUGGUUGUGGUUGGAGUGGAAGACAGAGAGAAGAAAGCUGUGAACCUAGAGCGUGCCCUGGAGCUGGCAAUUGAAGCCGGAGCUGAAGAUGUCAAGGAGGCUGAAGAUGAAGAAGAAAAGAACCUUUUUAAAUUUAUUUGUGAUGCCUCUUCACUGCAUCAAGUGAGGAACAAGCUGGACUCUCUGGGCUUAUGCUCUGUGUCCUGUACACUGGAGUUCAUCCCCACCUCAACAGUGCGACUGGCUGACCCCGACCUGGAGCAGGCUGCUCAUCUCAUCCAGGCUCUUGGCAACUAUGAGGAUGUGAUUCAUGUCUAUGACAACAUUGAAUGACCAGGACAUAUGUGCUUGUGGGCUCCUUCUUAGGCAAGGGACAGCUCAUUCUGUAGCACAGGCAUCUGCAGCAAUCUUUGAGACUGAAGAAGGUGGGAAGCCUAACAGGUUAGGAGGUCAAAGGCCAUUUCUUGUGGCUUUGAGGUCAGGGGAAUCACACUUUCCUGGGACUGCUUUGUUGGCACUGCUGGUAUUUCAAAGCCCUCCUGGAUGCAGGGUGGGAUCAGCCAGCUGGUCUGACUGUGAUCUCAGGUAGUUGGCCCUUGUGGGAAUUGUAAACUCCUCAAGGCCCUAUAUAUUGAAAACUACUCUUUGUGUGUG